GAAAGACUGGAAACACUUAAAGGAGACUUUUCCCCUGGAAGUAAGAAAGGAAGAGCUCCAGCAGACAAGAGGCCAUGGGCUGCUGGAAGCAAGAGAAAAGCAACACCUGGACUUUUCCCACCCUGAUUCUCUGCCUCUAUGGAUUCUUCUACAUGAUGAAACCAUCAGAACCUUUCCUAACACCCUAUCUAACAGGACCAGAUAAAAACCUGACCACAGAUGAGGUUACCAACCAGAUUUUGCCUGUUUGGACAUACUCCUACCUCGCCCUCCUGUUCCCAGUCUUCCUGCUCACAGACUACCUGCGCUACAAGCCCGUCCUCCUCCUCCAGGGCAUCAGCCUCAUCGUCACCUGGCUCCUGCUCCUCUUCGCACACGGAGUGCUGGCCAUGCAGGUGGUGGAAUUCUUCUACGGGAUGGUGACGGCCACUGAGGUGGCCUAUUACGCCUACAUCUACAGCGUGGUCAGCACCGACCGCUACCAGAGGGUGACGAGCUACUGCAGGAGCAGCACUCUGGUGGCAGCCACUGUUGCCGCCGUGCUGGGACAGCUGCUGGUGUCCUUGGCAGAUGUGUCCUACUUCUACCUCAACGCCAUUUCUUUGGCUUCCGUGGCCCUGGCCUUCCUGUGUGCGUUUUUCCUCCCCAUGCCCCAGAAGAGCAUGUUCUUCCACAGGAAAGAUGCCUCCCAGUCUCUCCCAGGGCCUGACAAAGUUGUGGCUCCGGCCGGUUCUGACCGUCCCUCGAGCUGCCAAGAGGACACGAGCUCCGACUGCGCUGGCAGGAGCCCAACACCCCAACAGCAGGCUGGGAAUGCCAAGCCCCGGAAUCACAUGCUCAGAGUGCUGGUGCAGCUGAGCAAGGACCUGAGGGAUUGCUACAGCUCCAGGAAACUUCUCUACUGGUCCCUGUGGUGGGCUCUGGCUACGGCUGGCUUUAACCAAGUGCUGAAUUAUAUCCAAGUGCUGUGGGAUUUCCGAGCCCCCUCUCACAGCUCCGCAGUGUACAAUGGAGCUGUCGAAGCACUAGCAACUUUUCUGAGCUCAGUAACGUCUUUCCUAGUACAAUAUAUGAAAAUUAACUGGGACCUGUUUGGAGAACUGGCUUUAGGGAUCUUCUCUGCGGUAGAUGCCGGUUCUCUGUUUCUCAUGCACUUCUCUACCAACAUCUGGGCGUGUUAUGCUGGCUAUCUCAUUUUCAAGGCCUGCUAUAUGCUCCUCCUGACAAUAGCAACGUUCCAGAUUGCCAUCAAUCUGAGCAUGGAACGCUAUGCUUUGAUGUUUGGAUUCAACAACUUCAUUGCCCUGGUGAUUCAGACCAUUCUUACAGUUGUUGUCGUGGAUUCGAGAGGCCUGGGGCUGGACAUAGUGACUCAGUUUUUAAUUUAUGGCAGCUACUUUGCAGUCAUACACGGGAUUUUCAUGAUCAGAAGCAUUUGUGUGCUUGUCUCAAGCAAAUGCAAAAGGAAAAUAGCAAGAUGUUGCAAAGAGCAGCUGAACCAUGCUGAGCACGAAUCCAGGGAGCAGAUUGUUACAGGCUAUUUGACACGGCUGUAGGAGGCAGGCAGGCUCCUUGGCCAGGUCCUCCUGGGAGAAGAGCUCAGGCUGCAGCAUGCAGGGAACAGCAGUGCAAGAAGAACAUUCAACACAGCCCUGGAAAGCUGCGCUGAAUCAUUGCAGCAUUUCAGCACAACAUAUGCCAGCUCAGAGCUCACAUAACGGCCCUGUGCCAAGAAUAAAAGCUAAAUUGCUUUAAAUUCUUAUUUACUUGCCUAUAAAGAGCUUAACAGCAGUAAUUUAUACCCAGAAGCACAACCACCACCUUUUCAUCUCCUCCCUGUGCACGAUAGCAAAGAUCAGAGUUCAUCCUGCCUUGUUGUUCUGGCUCCUGUGUGUGGUGCUGGCAAAGCUGUUUCCAACCACAUUUGCUCCUGCACGUGGGUGAAGGGUCUGUCCUCUCUUUGCACAUCCCUUGUUCUGAAUAAAGGCAGAAAGGAUUGUGUCUGCAUCAUUAUAUUCUUUCCUAAAGUGCAGGCAGAUGGUUUGACAGGCUCCUCCUGCCUAAUUGAACAGCCCACGUCAGAGGGGGCCUCGUGCAGGGUUUGCACAUCCCAUCCCAGGGGUUUCACUCCAGCACUGCUAAACCACAGUUGUUGCUUGACCCACAUUUGAAAGCUGCAACCACUUCACUGACUUCAUAGAAAUCUCUGCCGAGAAGCAAGAAACUUCCAAGUCCAAACAAAAUGAAAGAGCCCCUCUCCUUUGCUCGUGCUCCCGGUAAAAUUAAAUUCAGGACUGACUGUCUUUCUAUUUCAACAAGAAAAGAAAAAAGCUAUCAAGAGGCUUAAGUAGUAUGGACUAAAACUACAGAAGUACAUUGUGGAGAAAUAUGGCUGAUUCCACACAGGAAAAUUCCAGAUUAACAGGAAUAUCCAAGAAGAUUUAUAACUGAAACAAACAUCAUGUGUGCUUUUGAAUGCCAAGUGAGGGAGGUCCACUGAUCUUGGCCAAGAAUUUGGCAGGGUCAGCAUCUCAGAAUUUAUCAAGAAACUUCAAGUCCUACAGCUAAUUUAGUCCAACACAAAGGACAGUUAGUCCAGGAGAAGAAACAAGAGACUAUAAAUGAGUUUUCAUGGUGAAUACCUAAUUUAAUAUGAUUGAUAUCCAUAUACUAAAGUUAUUUCUGUACUGCUGUUUGCUUCUAGCUUCCAAUACCUACACCUAAGUAAUAAAAAUAGAAAACAUCUAGCAUUUACAGAAUAAUAUUUUUCCUGCAGAGACACAAGCUAUCAUUUGUACAGACAUACCUGCUUUUUAUACCAGUCACACAUUGCAACCAGACAAAGUGCCCAGAGGUGAGGGCAGGCAGGAGAGAAGCAAUUUGUUACAAGUCACAAGAAGAAUCAGUAGGAUCUGAACAAAUGAACCUGGUUAGUUUUUUUAGGCUUUUUGUUUACUGUUGUGCAUUGUGUGGACAUUCUCUAUUGUAAACUGGCUCUAAGCAGAACAGUUUAAUCAAUACACUCAUAAAAUCAGAUGUAUUUAGUUUGCAUUGAGCAGUGAGUAUCUUUUAUUGCUGCAGAACUGAGAGCACGAUACUCCUGCGUGAAGAAUGAGGGACAGAGUCCAGAAGAGCAAGGACUAAUUUAUUCUAUUCUUCCUUGUGAGUAGGAAUCUCCUUUUGAGGCAUUUAGUUUAGAAGUAGGUGCCAGUCCUUGACUAGAAGUUAAAGAGACUUUGUAUUUAAAUGAAAAAGGAAGAACUUAAUGUUUUCAGCUCCAUGACCAUGGUCUCAAACUGCCUUUGGCACAGAAAGUUAACAAAUAUUUCCAUGUAGCAUCUGACAAAAGGAAUCAACAACAUGUGAAACUUUUUUGUUAUUACUUAAAAAAAUAAUGCCAGUAGUUGGCUGCAGGAAAGAAGCUAGAAAAACUGGUAGAAAGAACCAUGAAAAUUCUUAUGUUCUGAUUAGAGCUCAUUGCUUUCUCUGUUUGUGGGAUGUCACUGAGGAGCAAAGAAACCAAGCAGACACAGUGUAUUUGGCUUGCAGUUGUAGAGAGCCCCAUCUUCAGAAAACAGAUAAGACCUUAAAGAAAAAAAAAUCUAAUCCUAUUCUCUCCAAUUUCCGAAAGAAAGAUUUUGAGUUUGGAAGUUGGGGGGAGCAUUAGGAGGGAAACAGAGGAGGAAGAGGGCAGUUCUUAGGACCGUUAGGAAGAGAAAGGCAAGGCCUUGUCUUACCCUGGACUUUCACAGGGUAAAUUAAUUCUGAUUACACAAAGUAAUCAGAAUUAACCCAGCAACGAGAGAUUUAAUCUAAAAGAGUAAGAUGCACACAUCCACCUGUGUGUUUGUGUACCUACACACUCUUUGGAGAGAAGAUACUUGAGGCUUGGCAGGUUAUAAGCAAGGCUGGAACUACAGGCUGUCUAAUUCUGCAGGAAAAGGAAACUCAACACAUCCACCUCUCCUUGCAACUUUUAGUAUUAAGUGCUGAUCUUUCUUCCAGCAUGUUAAAGGAUUCCAUGUAAACAUGAAACUCCAGAGCUGGGCUCGUUGCUCCCCAUAACUACAACCCCUCGAAAUACAACACUAACUGCCUUUGAAGCAUAAGUGGGUUUGGGCCCAAGUCUUACGUGAAGACACAGUCCAGCAAGCUGGUAAGGCCAGUUUGGGCAAACAAGGAAGGAACAGAGUACUUUGGAUUCAAAGCAUGCAACCACUAGCCAGGGCUACCAGAGAAACGCUGGCCAGCAGCCCCCUUCCAGCCGGCAGCACACCCACCCAGCAGCACCUUCCCCAGGGCUCCUUCCCCUCCUCAGAAGCCCUCGGUGGAAGUGCAGAGACAAACCUGGCCCCCCUGAGCACUUGCCUGCCUGGUUGCACCACACACUUGAGCACCGAGAGAACCUUCCAAACCUGCAGAACCAAACCAGGCCCUGCCGAGCUCACAAAGGGGCCCCUCCUGUGCCAGGGCCACAGCACCCACUGCCAGUGCCAACACACAUCCUACCACCGGCCUCAGGGUUCACUCCACCCUCUAGCGAACCCUGGAAGACAGAGGGAGUCCAGUCUGAAAAAACAGGUACAGGAAAGCAAAGCAACAGCAUUUCUCUAAAGCAGCACGUGCACCCAGCCCUAAGUACCUCACCGAGAACAACCUUUGACAGACAAUAACAGAGACCGGAGUUUACCACGGCCAACG